AUGGAAAAGAUUCCAGAUGUAGAACCACAGUUGAUGAUGGGUGAAUCAACUAAUGAUCAUCAAGGGGCCCGUGUGGUUUGUUACUACACGAACUGGUCAGUUUAUCGCCAGGGAAUAGCCAAGUACAACCCGCAGAACAUCAAUCCUUACUUGUGUACUCAUCUCAUCUACGCCUUUGGUGGACUCACCAAGGACUUCGAGCUCAAGCCCUUCGACAACUACCAGGACAUUGAAAAAGGUGGUUACGCAAAGUUUGUUGGGCUGAAGACGUACAACAAGGACUUGAAGACCCUGUUGGCGGUCGGCGGUUGGAAUGAGGGUUCUGGUCGUUGGUCGCCCCUAGUGGCGUCCAAAGAAGGGCGGAAAACAUUCAUACGUUCCGCAAUCAGGUUUCUGCGAACGUACAACUUUGAUGGAUUAGAUUUAGACUGGGAAUACCCAGCGUUUCGAGAUGGCGGACAACCCGAAGACAAAGAGAACUACGCACUUUUAGUUCAGGAAUUCCGUACUGCGUUCGACCGUGAAGCAGCGAAAAGCAAAAAGGACCGAUUAUUGCUGACCAUGGCUGUGCCAGCUGGACGAGAUUACAUUGAUCGUGGCUACGACAUCCCCAAACUCAACAAGUACUUGGACUUUUUCAACCUGCUAACUUAUGAUUACCACAGCGCGUUUGAGCCGCAGGCGAAUCAUCACGCCCCGUUGUACAUUCGACGUGGUUUAUCGGACUUCGACUCGAAAGCCGAGCUCAACAUUACCACGCUCCGCAGAAAGCGGAACAGCGACUGGGGCGGCAAAGAAUGCGUGAAGAAUCAAGCUUAUCUUUACUACAGUAAAGAAGGUACCUUAACGAACUGGAGUCAACUGGACUGGGUCGACGAUUUUACGAUUCGAUAUUACAUAGAAGAAGGAGCUGACAGAGACAAAUUGGUCCUUGGAAUUCCAUCUUACGGACGAAGCUAUACUUUAUUCAACCCUGAAUCCCACGAGAUGGGUUCACCUGCUGAAGGACCCGGGGAAAUUGGGAAAUAUACCCGAGAGAAAGGCUACAUGGCAUUUUACGAGAUACUCGGUGAUAAAUACAGCCUCAACAUCUAUGAUUUCAACUAUGCGAAAGCUUUUGCGGCAAUAGAGAUAGAUUGUUUUGAUUAUAAAGUGCUCGGUGGAGAUUAUUGGGAAUUGCAAAAUUUAGACCAUUAA